AUGCCGCCUGAACCUGCAACUGCCCUGGCCGGCCGUGCCAGGCAGCGCGUCCAAGAAACCGAAGAAGAUAGAAUCACCCGAACGUAUGCAAACUUUCCAGACUUUGAAAAAGACAUGCCUAAACUCGCAAACCGCUUCUCCUUUUCGAUCAAGGACAACCUGUCCUCCUACCUGGGUCGCAGGAACCCCUUCUACCAGGAUGUCAACCCAGACACAGACUAUGUCUGGCUCUUCGACACCACCGCCUACCAAAACCGGCUUGGACGGUGGAAGGCCGAGUUCGUUGCCGCCUACUUUGUGCAAAACAGUGGCAAGGACUUGUCCGAGGUAGUAGCAUGGGUCAGCGAUAAGAUUGGCCUGGCCGACGACGAGGAAGCCAAGAAGACCAUUGCGAAGAGGAUUCAGCCACUCCUCGACUCCAUCCUGCCAGCUCAUGCCGUCGAGAUCGACCUGCAAGGCGUCACCACACGCCUCGGUCCCAGCGGUCGCGAUGGCAUCAGCGCCGACGAACUCGCCAUUCCAGGAAACGGCUACAAAGACGGCCAAGUCAUCACCUCCAAAGCCAUCAACGCCGACGCCACCCCCCUCAACAUCACCUUUGCCAAGCCCAAAGGCUGGGCCAUCCUCAGCGACAUCGACGACACCAUCAAGAAGACGCUCACCUCGUCCCCCACCGGCAUCCUCACCACCACCUUUGCCGAAGAACCCGAGCCCAUCGCCGGCAUGCCCGACCUCUACCGCCACCUCGUCCAGAAACUAGACAACCCACCCUUUUGGUACCUCUCGGCCUCCCCCUACAAUCUCUACCCUUUUCUCCGCUCCUUCCGCGACACCUACUACCCACCCGGCACCAUGAUCCUCCGCGACGCCAGCUGGAUGAACCUCGCCGGCUUCCUCGCAAACCUCACCCAGGGCACAGAAGCCUACAAGCUCGACCGCAUCGACAAGCUCCACGCCUGGUUUCCCAAGCGCAAAUUCAUCCUCAUUGGCGACUCCACCCAGUCAGACCCAGAAGCCUAUGCCGCCGCCUAUCGCAAACACGAGGCCUGGAUUGCUGCCAUUUUCAUCCGCAAGGUUGUGGGUGUCGCGGAGAUGGAUGAGGGGACGAAGAAUGCAGGGGAGAGGUUUGUACAGGCGUUUCGUGGUGUGCCUCGGUCGGUUUGGUAUGUUUUUGAGGACCCGGCGGAGCUGUAUGAGAAGGUUGAGGCGUUGGUUGCGGCGUAG